AUGAUGUUUCUGCUGUCAAUGAUUUUUCAACUUCCAUUGUUGGCAAAUAUCUUAGGAAAACAUGAUUUCUCCAUGUUUCCUUGUGGUCAAAUCCAUUCCAAUCCAUCCUUGAAAAAUGAAGCCGCUCCAAUCCUAGGAGGAUUCCAGACGUCCACUUCUGAAGUUCCAUGGCAAGUGAGCAUCCAUUUCAAUAACACAUUUUUAUGUGGAGGAACAAUACUGGAUAAUUGGUGGAUUCUAACUGCUUCCCACUGCUUCAUGGAUAACAAUACAUCCUAUUUGGAAGUGCACCUGGCAGGGAUGGAACCUGACAGUGAGAUUGUGGAGAAGAGAAAUGUGACAAAGCUCAUUUUUCACUCCAACUUCAAUCAAAUCUUCCUGAACCACGACAUUGCUUUAAUGUUGCUCAGUUCUCCUAUAGAGUUUACUAUCCACAAAGUACCAAUCUGCCUGACAAGAAACAUGGACAGAACGGAAGAGUGCUGGGUAUCUGGAUGGGGGCACUCACAACCUAUGAAGAAAAUGUCUAUCUCACUGCAAAAAGUCAAGCUGGAGAUCUUAGAUUGGCAAGAGUGCUAUGAUAAAGUUUUCAUUCUUACUGAAAACAUGAUCUGUGCCUGGGAUCCAGAAGGAAAUAAAGAUUCCUGUCAGGGUGACAGUGGGGGACCUUUGGUUUGCAACCUCAAAAAUCAUCAUGACGUAUGGUACCAAAUAGGCAUUGUCAGCUGGGGAGAAGGCUGUGGUCGAAAAGGGAAACCUGGUAUAUACACAGCAGUCUCCAAUUACUUGCUUUGGAUUGUGCUAAAAACCCGUGAGGCGGGCCAUCCCUAUGUCUUGUCAUCUUCUGAAUAUUUUUUUGUUCCUUCACACUAUUUACUUUUGUUAUUGAACUUUGGAAUCAAUUGUGAGAAAUUGGAGAUAUGGUACAGGACUGCCCAGUAUGGCAUGUCCACAUAUGUGCUCUGUGAGCAAAGCAGAAUUGCAGUAGCUCAAAAGAAAUGCGAGAUGUACCAAUUUAGGGACAGCCCUGCUGCAAAUGUUUAUAUGGACUAUUUGUUUCCUACCUGUGAACGAAUAAAUAGUAAAUAUGGGGAGUGGAAAAAAGUAAAGAAGAUCAUUAUUCAUUCCGGUUUUGAUUUUUCAAAUCUCGAUAAUGACAUAAGCUUGGUCAUGGUUCAGUCUCCAAUAAAAUUCAAUACACAGAAAAAACCCAUCUGCCUGACAAAUAAGACUAUGGAUUGGAAAGAAUGCUGGGUGCUAGGAUGGGGAUCUACAGAUGCUUUAAAGAUGGACUAUCCUCCCCUUCAAAAAGCCCGACUUUUUCUGUUGGAAUGGGAUAAAUGCCACAAAAUGCAGCCCCACCUCACUAAAAACAUGAUCUGUGCCUGGGAACCCAGAGGAAAACAGGAUCGUUGCUUGGGGGACGUUGGGGGGCCUCUGAUAUGCAGUGCCAAAAAUCAACGCAAUAUAUGGCACCAGGUGGGCAUUAUCAGCUGGGGACAAGGCUGUGGCCAAAAAGAGACGCCUAGUAUGUACACAUCAGUGUCCAGAUAUUUGGAUUGGAUUAUUAGAGAGACCCGAAAGACUGGCCAACCCUUUGAACUCUUAACAGCCUCUGGUUAUAGUCUGCACACUCCGAUGUAUUUUAUGUUAUUGUUUUUGUUAGUCUCUCAUCUAACUCUCAAGUCACUUGUUGCAUGA